AUGGCGAACAUGGACCCGGCAGAGACGUUCACGAUGCUUCCUCUGAGCAUCGAUGCAGCAACAAAAGCCAUAUCUACCUCCGAUCCAUCUCUUGAGGAGGACAUUGAAGAGCUGAAUCGCAUGCAUCGCGCGUUCAUUUCCUUGGAAUCGCCACAUCAAGUGCCCGCGCCACCUGCGCCCGUUCACCCAAAACGCAGCGUGCAAAUCACCAAACUCCGCGAAUCGGGCAAUGCAUCAUACAAAAAGGGCCAGCAUGGCGAAGCAUUGAAGAUGUAUGAUUUGGCUAUCAAGAUGGCAUUGGAGAGACCUGCAUGGGAAGCCAGUGGACUGGUGCGGGAGGAACUCAGCACAUUAUAUGGAAACCGCGCGCAGGCACUCAUGGGACAGCAAGCAUGGGCAGAGGCGGCAGUGGACGCAGAAACUGCGGUGGAGAUGAAAAAGGUCGGCAAUGUCAAGGCUUGGUGGCGGAGAGGACAGUGUCUGAAGGAAAUGGGAAGGUUUGAGGAGGCCGCCGAGUGGAUCAAGACUGGUCUGGAAUUUGAAAGAGCAGGACCCGAUAGGCAGGGCGUUGGCGAGAUGGAGACGCUGCAGAGGGAGUUGGCCAAGGCUCUAGGACAGGAGUGA